AUGAACAAGAUGCUAUCCUUUAUCAAACAAGAGGCUCUCGAGAAAGCUCGCGAGAUCUGGGUGAAAGCCGACAAAGAGUUCGCCAUCGGGAAGGACAAACUCGAGAAGCAAGAAAAAAAACAAUCGAGACUCAGUACGCCGAGACUGAGUAUGAAAAGAAACACAAAGGAUCUGAGGUUGCCCAGAAGAUCGCCUAAUCCACACUCACCACCAAAUCCUGACUAA